ACCAACUUUUCAUUUCUCUUCAAAUUUUCUCCUCUCCCCAUUUUACCCUUCCACCAAAACCAAUUUCCAGAUCCAAUUCAAACUCAGAUCUAACAAAAUUGUAAAACGCCAUGGGUAAUUGUUGCGCUACCCCUCCGGUAACCGGAGAAGAAACAAACAACAACAAAAAGAAAAACAACAAAAAACCUAAAAAGGAAAAUCCCUUCGCAAUCGAUUACAAUUUCAACGCGAACAACACGAACUCAAAACUCACCGUUUUGAAGGAUCCAACGGGACGCGAAAUCGAGGUUCGAUACGAGCUAGGUCGUGAACUAGGUCGAGGCGAGUUCGGAAUAACGUACCUCUGUACGGACAAAGAAAACGGAGAAGAACUAGCGUGUAAGUCGAUAUCGAAGAAGAAGCUAAGAACAUUGGUGGAUAUUGAAGAUGUUAGGAGAGAAGUUGAAAUAAUGAAACACAUGCCCAAACAUCCUAAUAUUGUUACGUUGAAAGAUACUUAUGAAGAUGAUAAUGCUGUUCACCUUGUUAUGGAGCUUUGUGAAGGUGGUGAACUUUUUGAUCGGAUUGUUGCGCGUGGUCAUUAUACUGAACGCGCCGCCGCCGCUGUUACCAAAACCAUCGUUGAAGUUGUUCAGAUGUGCCACAAACACGGAGUGAUGCAUAGGGAUCUCAAGCCUGAGAACUUUUUGUUUGCAAAUAAGAAGGAGACAGCAGCAUUGAAAGCUAUAGAUUUUGGAUUGUCAGUGUUUUUUACACCAGGGGAAAAAUUUAAUGAGAUAGUUGGAAGUCCAUAUUACAUGGCUCCUGAGGUAUUGAAGCGAAAUUACGGCCCAGAGGUUGAUAUCUGGAGUGCUGGAGUAAUUCUAUACAUCUUACUUUGUGGUGUCCCUCCAUUUUGGGCAGAAACUGAGCAAGGAGUUGCACAAGCAAUCAUACGAUCUGUUGUUGAUUUCAAAAGGGAUCCAUGGCCUAAAGUUUCCGAUAAUGCAAAAGACCUUGUGAAGAGGAUGCUAAAUCCCGACCCUAAGCGGCGACUUACUGCACAGGAAGUAUUAGAUCAUCCAUGGUUACAAAAUGCAAAGAAAGCUCCCAAUGUUUCAUUAGGAGAAACAGUUAGAGCAAGGCUUAAGCAAUUUUCCGUAAUGAACAAGCUUAAGAAAAGAGCUUUGAGGGUCAUUGCAGAGCAUUUGUCAGUAGAAGAAGCUGCUGGACUAAAAGAGGGAUUCAAGCUCAUGGAUACAAGCAACAAAGGCAAGAUUAACAUUGAUGAGCUGCGAAUAGGAUUGCAUAAACUAGGCCAUCAAAUUCCUGAUGCAGAUGUCCAGAUUCUUAUGGAAGCUGGCGAUGUAGACAGGGAUGGACACUUGGAUUAUGGAGAGUAUGUUGCCAUUUCAGUUCAUUUGAGAAAGAUGGGAAAUGAUGAGCAUCUUCACAAAGCCUUCGAUUUUUUCGAUCAGAACCAAACUGGGUAUAUUGAGAUUGAGGAGCUGCGCAAUGCCUUAUCUGAUGAAAUUGAAACAAAUAGUGAAGAAGUGAUUAGUGCAAUUAUGCAUGACGUGGAUACAGAUAAGGAUGGAAAGAUAAGUUACGAGGAAUUUGCUUCAAUGAUGAAGGCUGGGACAGAUUGGAGAAAGGCGUCAAGGCAGUAUUCGCGAGAGAGGUUUAACAGUCUCAGCUUGAAAUUGAUGAAGGAUGGGUCAUUGCAAUUAAACAAUGAAAAACAAUGACAGUAGAGAUGACUUUUCUUUAGAAAAAUGCCAAAAUUUACUUUUGGAAAAAGAAAACAUGAUAAAGAAGUCUAUUAUAUUUUUUUAAUUUUAACCUUCUCUUCAUUGUAAUUCUUUUCUCCAACACCCCCCAUUUUUGGGUGAAAAAAAUUAGGAUGUUGGCUCCAGCAGUGUUGCUACGUUGUUUGAUGUGUUCUUUUAUUUUUACUUUUUCUGGGUUUGUUGAGGUUGUGAUAGGAAAGACAGGACAGGGUGGGAGAGUCUUGACAAGUCUUCAUUUCUGGUUGUAAAUAUUUCUAAAUUAUCACGCUUUUAUAUUAACGUGUACUAUAAUUUUUAGGCAAACCUUUCCUUCCA